AUUGUCAAACGUUUCACCAUCAAAAUGCACAGGUACUGAAAUGCGACAUGUUGUUUCGCAGGUUUACUGCAGGACGCCUUGAAAGUAAUUCAGCCGCAUUCUAUGAAUGCCACAGUCGGUGAAGAUGUCGUUUUGAACUGCACCUUCAAAUCCAGUUCCACGGUAGGAAGCGCAAACUGGUACAAGGAUGGAGUCAAUAUCUCAAACGUCACCCAGCCGUAUAGAGGAAGACUCGUAUUCAGCAGCACGAACUCUUUCAAGGCGAAAGAUGCGUCCCUAAAGAUUGUCAAUGUUAGCGUGUCGGAUUCUGGAAACUAUACCUGUCAGGUGGAAGCUCUUGGAGACAGUGCAGGCUGUGGAUCAGGCACUUUGCUCGUUGUUGGUCCUAAGAGAAUCGCAGACAAGUCUGAUGUGCUUGACGUCAGUAUAUGGACAAUAAUCCCGGUGGCUGUAGCUGUUUUUACUGUGAUAAUAAUUGUUAUCAUAUCUCUGUGUUUUGUUCUGCAGCGAAGAGACCAAAGAAGGACAGAGAGCAGGCGUGAGGGAAUAUAUCAAAAUGUCGGAACAGGAAAUGUACAGUUGAACUCCAUUCUGGCUGAAGAAGACAUCCCUCAGUACUUUGUUUUAUCAGAUGAAGAUCUUGUAUAUGCUGCUAUAGACUUGGAAGAGCCCACCCAUUGGCUAUCAGAUGUGAACGUGAGCCCUGUCAUAUAUUCAGCUUUGAGGGAAGUCCAGUGAACCAAUAGUGAUGGCAUUCAGAACGCAUUUCUAUGAAAGCUUAGUAUUGCACUAGACGUCACCCACCCUGUUAGGUCACAAGGUUGAUUUGUUGUGCAGUGAAUAUUUUCUGACUGUGCCCCGUUUCGAGUUUAUAAAAUGGACCACAGUAUGUUUGAAGUAAAAAAGGGAAGAAAAGAAUAAAAACUUGUAUCUACGGUUAAACAUGGAGGGGGUUCGAUC